AUGGAACAGUUGAAACUCGACAAUACUCUCACAAACCGUUACCAACUUUCGGAGAAAUUAUAUAGUGAUGGGACAGUUACCGUGUUUUCAGCCAACGAAGUGAUUGACUUUCAAAAACGAAUAGCGAGGCGCGUUGCACUCAAAAUCGUUCAAAUUGAUCCAAAAGACACACUUAAGAUUCUUCGAUUAGAUGUGUAUUAUAAUUAUUUGCAGGCAACUACGAACGGACAUGUUCUUCGGAUAUAUAACCACUUUUUCACAAACAAGAACUCUCCUUUAGAGCUGUGGAUUGUCUCUGAAUAUUGUGGCUUUGGCAAUUUAGAAAAUUAUUGGGCGUCGAACACCGUUGCUCAAGAAGAUCAAAACAUUUUCUUCAUAUCAGAUAUCGCAGUCGGAUUGGAAUACAUCUACAAAACUCUCCGCCACCAACACCUCAAUCUGUGCCCAAACAAUUUGUUACUCUCACGAGACCCCGCCUCCGUUUUCCCUAAAGUCAAAAUCGCGAAUUUCGCAUUAUGUGACGCAAUCCAGACGAAAACAGCCCUUGUUCCUGGGUUCGAGGCUACAAUGUUUGACGUCACAUAUUCCCCACCAGAGUAUUUAAGCGGGUUUACACACUCAAAGAGUGACGUCUGGUCGUUUGGGAUAUUAAUAUUCAAAUUACUUGUUGGGUGCACGCCAUUUGAAACGAUCCAAAUGGACCCUCUCACAGCUAUGGCAGUACAAGCUAAUCUGAGUUUGGCUGUGUACAUCCAAAACGAGUCUGCUAUUGACUUACUUGAGAAGAUGCUUGUGUAUGAGCCAGAUAAGCGCAUUUCGAUGAACGAUGUGCUCAACCACAAAUUCAUUCACGACUGUGUGCAACACAAAUACGGGACUCGAGGAAGUCGCGAGAAUUACAAAGCCGUCAAGUUACUUGAUGAAGGGAAUUACGGAAGAGUUUUACUUGCACAAACGAGUGCUAAUGAAUACGUCGCGAUCAAAGAAAUUUCGAACAAAAUCGACAGUUUACAACGAGAGGCGACGUGUAUGCGCCUUUGUAAACACCCCAAUUUAGUAGAGUACAAAGACUUCUUUGGCUGGGACUAUUCGAUGGUCAGUGAAUUAGUGGGGAUGGCCAAAGUCAAAGGCAACUACUUGUACUUAGUGAUGGAGUUUUGUGACUCCGGGAACCUCGAGAAGUACAUGAAACAAAAGAAUGCGCCGUUAUCAGAUGACGAGAUCAAAUACUUUUUAGGGGAGAUUGGGAGUGGCUUGUGGUAUUUGCAUUUCAUUAAAAAGCUCAUUCACCGCGACUUAAAACCCGCCAAUUUGUUACUACAGUCGACCGAUACUCAAGGACGAUAUAAAGUGAAAAUAGCUGAUUAUGGAUUCUCAAGAGGUAUUAACGAGUUUAUGGUCUCUAAUGUCGGGACACCUAUAUACGAGGCUCCCGAAAUUAUUAAGCGGAAGCCUUAUACCGCCAAAAGUGACUUAUAUUCCCUUGGUGUUAUUCUCUUCCAAAUGGCAACAACGUACUUCCCAUUUUCAGACGAUCCCCAAAUCUUCCAAGUUGCUAUGAGGAAUGAGACUCCUGUGCAGAUCCCAGAUGGGUUUGGGAUCAAUCCUUUGUUAGCAGAUUUGAUUAGCAAGUUGAUCACACACCACGAAGAACUCCGCCUGUCAUGGCAACAGUUUUAUGAGCACCCUUACGUACUCGAAGCGAUGAAGACGUCUGAACAAACAGAAAAGCAGAUGGUCGAGGAAGACUUCAAAGAGUUCUAA